AUGACGAUCGGAGUCAAUUCUGACGAUGAGAAACCUAGCAAUGAUCUACCACAGCUCUUGGAUCUUCCUUUGAUUGACAUGAAGGAAUUUCUUUCUCAAGAUUCAACUUCUGUUUUCAAUGUAACACGUCUCGUUGAUGAGGCAUGUCGGAAACAUGGCUUUUUUUUGGUGGUAAACCAUGGAAUUGAUCCCGAUCUCAUAAGGGAAGUCCAUGAGGGAACUGACCUCUUCUUUGGGAUGUCAAUGUCAGAGAAGCUGAGAACGAAAAGAGAACCUGACACAAUGUUCGGUUAUGAUACUAGUUUGAAGGGCCAGCUUGCCUCUAAUUUACGGUGGUUAGAAACACUGACAUUUCCAUUCAUCUCGAAUGAAAACAAAUCAUCGGACAUGCAAGUCGAGGAUUACUUCUUAAGAACAACAGGAGAAGAGUACCGACAUUUCGGUGCCUUGAUGCAAAAGUAUUGUGAAGCCAUGAAUGCACUCUCGCUUGACAUCAUGGAGCUCUUGAGCGUGAGCCUCGGGAUCAACAAAAACUAUUUUAGAGAAUUCUUCAAAGAAAACGAUUCCAUAAUGAGGUUAAACUACUACCCACCGUGUCAAAAUCCUCAUCAGAAGCUAGGUAUCGCCCCUCAUUGCGACCCGAAUUCCCUUACCAUCCUCCAUCAAGACGAUACUGGAGGCCUUCAAGUGUUGAUAGACGAGAAAUGGCUAACCAUUCAACCAAACCGAGAUGCUUUUGUCAUCAACAUUGGAGACACAUUUAUGGCAUUGUCGAAUGGGAUUUACAAGAGUUGUGUGCAUAGAGCAGCUGUGAAUAGUACAACUUCGAGGAAGUCGGUGACAUUCUUCCUCAAUCCUAACAAGGAAAGAAUCAUUGUCCCACCAAGUGAUUUAGUGAACAUGGAGAAUCCAAGGUUGUACCCGGAUUUUACAUGGUCGAAAUUUCUCGACUUCACUCAGAAGAACUACCGGAUCCACAUGAAAAUGCUCGAUGCCUUCUCAAAUUUGCUUGGAGAAAAUAGUGUUGAUGCCUUCAAAGUAGAAGAUGAAAAUAAGGAAGAUGCAAAUUAG